AUGUCCCCGGCGCUCUUCAGCAUCUACAUGGACGGGCUUUCACACGCACUGACAAGGACCGGGGUCGGAUGCUCCAUCAAUGGCACAAUGGCCAACCACAUAGCGUAUGCGGACGAUAUGGUCCUACUAGCGCCAUCUGUGGGAGCAAUGCGUGAGUUACUCGCAGAAUGCGAGAGGUACGCCACCGAGCACAAUAUGACGUACAAUCCUGACAAGUCGGAAUUUAUGCUUAUGGAGGCGGCACAUAUGCCCGUACACAUACCACCACUGCUGCUCGAUGGGGUUCAAUUGCGUCAAGUGCACAAGGUCAAAUAUCUUGGCCAUAUUCUGCUUUCUACCUUAAAAGAUCAGAAUGACAUAGAAAGACAAAGGCGAGCUACUGCGGUACGGGCGAAUAUGCUGGCUAGAAGAUUCGCCAAAUGUAGCAACGACGUAAAAAGGCAGCUAUUCCUCAGUUUCUGUACAAGCGUCUACACAGUGGAGCUAUGGGCCGACUACACCUGUGCGGCGAUCAGUGACUUGCGCGUGCAGUAUAACAACGCGUGGCGGGCGUUGUUUCGCUUGCCGCCCUGGUGCAGCGCGAGCGCCAUGUUCGCGGAGGGGCGCGCGCCGGGCUGGGCCGCGCUGUUGCGUUCGAGGAGCGCCACCGCCAGAAAGGCGAUCUACGUCUCCUCCAACACGCUGCUGUCAGCGGUCAGAGAGUGGGACGCCAGUCCGCUGCACGAGCGCUGGAGGACCUACCACAAGCCUGUUGAAUUGGGGUCGGGGUGA